AUGGCAUUGGAGUGGACGAUUCCUGCGAUUCUUGAUUUCGUUUUCGCGAGAUCGAUUCCGUCAGCUUCUUCUUCUUUGUUCGUAAUGGAUUCUCCUCGCGCAAACAGAGAUCAUUACGAAAAUCCAUACUAUCUUCAUAGCUCGGAUCACGCGGGCCUUGUGCUUGUCUCCGAUCGUCUUACAUCUGGAGCUGAGUUCCAUUCAUGGCGUCGCUCAGUUCGAAUGGCGCUCAACGUCCGCAACAAACUGGGAUUCAUUGACGGUAGCAUUCCUAAACCCCCUGAUAACCAUCGCGAUUCGGGAUCUUGGUCUAGAUGCAAUGAUAUGGUUGCUACUUGGCUAUUAAAUUCUGUUUCCAAGAAGAUAGGUCAGAGUCUAUUGUUCAUGUCUACUGCUGAGGCUAUUUGGAAGAACAUCCUUUCUCGUUUCAAACAGGAUGAUGCUCCACGGGUUUAUGAGAUUGAACAACAGCUAAGCUCGAUUCAGCAGGGUUCAAUGGACGUUAGUGCCUAUUACACAGCUUUGGUUACUCUAUGGGAAGAGCAUAAGAACUAUGUUGAAUUGCCUGUGUGUUCCUGUGGCAAGUGUGAGUGUAAUGCGGCUGAGCUAUGGGAACGUCUUCAACAGCGAAGCAGAGUCACGAAGUUCUUGAUGGGGCUUAAUGAGUCUUAUGAGUCUACUCGUCGUCACAUCUUGAUGCUGAAACCAAUACCGACCAUUGAAGAUGUGUUCAAUAUGGUGACUCAAGAUGAGCGUCAACGAGGGAUCAAACCAAGUACUACUUCAGUACCUGUUGCCCUCCAAGCUUCAGGACCAGCAGAGAGUCUUCCUACUAUUGCUGUUGUUGCUCCUGAUCACUCUGCCUUUGCUGCUACUCACAAUAACUCAGGCUAUCGUCCCAAACAACGGCUUUUAUGUACUUACUGUAAUCAACUUGGACAUGUCGUUGAUAAAUGCUUUCGUGUCCAUGGAUAUCCUCCUGGUCACAAGUAUAACAAGUCUUCUCAUCCCAAUGCUGGCUUUGCUCCUCGAGGACAGAACAACUAUCAACAGCGACCGGUUCAGCAGCAAAACAGUUCGUACUUUGCACCUCAACAGCAGAACUCUCAACGUGCAAAUGCCAUUGUACAACCUGCUCCGUCGUCUGUUUCUUCUCCUCUGGAUGCUUCUCAUCUUCAGUCCUUACUUCAGCAAUUGCAAGCGUAUGUUCAACCUUCAGUGAAUGCAGUUUCGAGUGCGCAGUCUUCUAUCAAUGAGAAUGGAUACAUGGCACCUCAAUCUACCUCUGGUAUUAUUCCUUUUCCAUCUACUAGCCUUAAAUUUCAAAACCAUAUCCUUACUUUUCAAAAUCAGUGUCUUUCUACCCUCUCGAAUACACUAGCUAGUGAUGCUUGGAUUAUUGACAGUGGCGCCACGACACAUGUGUGCUCGGAUCUCAACCUUUUUACCAAUACUUCAUCUGUACUUGGCGUUACAGUCUCUCUUCCUAAUGGGGUCCAUGAGCCUAUUACUCAUAUAGGAACUGUGCAUAUCUCUUCCUCGAUUAUACUACAAAAUGAGUCUAUUCAGGGCUUGAUGAUUGGUAGAGGAAAACUUCUUCAAAAUCUAUACGUUCUUGAGACUGAUAGCAUUGCACCUUUGUCGUUCUGUGGAUCCUUGCAAGUCGAUGGAAAUCUAUGGCAUCAACGCCUUGGACAUCCAUCAGCUUCCAAGUUAAAGCAACUGUCUGGUACAGUGUCUGUUUCACCUUUUGACUUGAUCCAUUUCGAUGUUUGGGGUCUUUUCUCUAUCGAGUCUGUUGAAGAGUUUGUUAAUCAUGUUUCUACUCAAUAUCAUUCUGCUAUUAAAGUCAUCCGCAGUGACAAUGCUCCUGAACUAGCAUUCACUCAACUUGUUAAACAACAUGCUUACUGGAGUGAUUGUGUGUGUACUGCUGUGUAUCUCAUCAAUAGGAUACCUUCUGUGUUACUAGCUAACAAGUCUCCUUAUGAGCUAUUGAUGAAGAAGGUUCCUGAUUACUCUCACUUAAAAUCCUUUGGCUGUCUUUGUUAUGUCUCUACUUUACCUAAGGAUAGAAACAAAUUCACUGCUCGUGCUGAUGCUUAUGAUAAACUUCAUGAUUGCUCUCACAUUCCUAAUAUCUUUGACAAUACUAUCUUGCCAUUGCCUGUUCCUAUGUUUGUUGAUAGUGCUCCUCCUGUGCAUUUAGAAACACAAUCACCUAGGCAUGACCCUGUUGUUGUUGAGAUUGUUCCAAUAAGUACAGGUCAAGGAAGUCUUGUAGGUGGCAGACCGAGACGCAAUGUCAAAGCUCCAAAGUACUUAUCCCAGUAUCACUGUGCUCUUGCGCGUGUCUCUCUUCCUACUACCCUUGAUACCUGUUCGAUCCCAUCUUUACCAUCUUCCACGCCUUAUCCUCUUUCCUCUGUUAUUACCUAUUCCAAUUUCACACCCCUUUAUCAGUCCUAUAUCCUUUCAUACUCCCUUGAAACAGAACCCACCUCUUUUAAACAAGCCAUGUUAUCCCCCAAUUUUAAGAAGGCUACAAACGAGGAACUGCAGGCCAUGGAAGCGAAUCAUACCUGGACUGUUGAAUCAUUGCCUCCGGGGAAGAAUGUAGUUGGAUGCAAAUGGGUAUAUACUAUCAAAUACAAAGCUGAUGGUACGAUUGAGCGGUAUAAAGCUCGCCUGGUUGCCAAAGGUUACACACAGAAAGAAGGUGUUGACUUCACUGACACGUUUUCUCCUGUUGCUAAGCUUGCGAGUGUCAAGCUCCUUCUGGCUCUUGCUGCGAUACAAGGAUAG